AUGAAGAUAAAAUGGGUGAUGGGGAGUUCUGAGAAAAGGCUCCGGUUGCUAUGGCAAUCAUCUUCUAGGGCAUGCGCAGACAGUAGUAAACACACUGCCUCUAAAGGUAUUCUCGAACAAUUGGAUUAUGUUCUAAAAAUGAGGUAGGGACUAAAAUAGACCUCGUUUUAUAACGAGAAUGAACGUCGUGGACACUCCAUCGGACACCAGAGCGAUUAAAGAAGAUUUCCACCUCGAAAAGUUUAACAGUUUUUACCUCAAAGACCUCCAAUAUUUAAAUCUAUGUGGCUUACCAUUGACUCGACAUGUACUUCUCGAUGACGAUGUCGAAAGCUCGUUGGCGUACUUGAAUCUAAAUGGCUUUCUGGCCAAAUUGAUUCUGUCGCCAAAUUUUCGGGCUUAUUUUGAUGUCUUCAUGGAACUGAAAUUGGGAGACUGUUUCGAUCAGUAUCAGGAAGUAGUAAAUCGCAGGUAUCAAGAAUGCCAGGAGCCGAGAAUUUUGGAGGUUUACAUUGAGACAUGUGUGCGGUUUUCCCGUUGUGAGACGAGGUCUCAACGGAAAGUGGUAUUCGAUCGAGUUUUGGACAAUUUGUUCGAAGCUAACAGUGAUGAUGUUAGUCCUUUGGAGAGUAUGAUAAAUGUGAUUAAGAAGAAGGACUGCUCUCUAAGAGAGAUAUCAUUUAUAAGCAUGAGCCCAUUUAAAUUAAACUAUUUUUUUCAACAAUUGAAAAAGUGCUAUGCUGAUUAUCUGACAAAAGAUGAUUGUCUCAGCUGUCCUUUGCAGGUAUUGUUGAGUCAUGAUCUUUGGGGACCAGUACACAAAUGUUUUGCGGAACCAUCAGCUUCAAAUCUAGCAGUAGCCUUGAAUCACGGGUUCGAACUGAAAAUCACGAAGCCACAAUUACAAUGGUAUCUUAAAAACAUACUAACCAGCAAAAGAAAUCCAAUAUAUGAUGAGAAUUUCUAUUUUUGGUUUAAUUAUUCAAAAGCCUAUCAUCUCCAUGGCGAGACCAAAUCAUACAGAAGGCUACUUCUCACAUUUCAACUCUUAUAUGUGAUCAUGCACAACAUGGACACGAUGCACAGGCGGUGCCUUAGACUCAUAUGGAGGACACUCCCGGACCACUAUAUAACUGCAGACGAGCUCGAGCUAGUGACCAAAGAGUUGCCACUCAGGAAGAAGAUGAUCCAAGCUUACGAAGCCUUUGUGAACACGGAAAAGUACUUUGAAGUGAAGAGCUACAUCAACAGACCAAGAUACUUGAAGCAUUAUUGUCGAUGCGUCAUCAGGAAAUGCUUGAUACAAAACAGGAAGCUUCCAGAAGGUAUUUCUUCCCUAGAGUUGCCGACAGUUCUGCAGUCAUACUUACUGUUAGAAUGCACUGGAAUCAGCACACCAUUUGCAUUUGCGUGAUAUUAUUAAAUGUAAUGAAUA